AUGAGGGUGAUUAUAAAGAUAAUUUAAUGGAUGGACAUGGCAUCUUAGAGGAUUUUGUGAAUAAAACCACAUAUAUUGGAUAAUUUAAGUAAGGGAAGAAAAAUGGAUAAGGAACACUUAAGAUUUCUGAUGAGAAAUAGUAUAUUUAAUUAAUAGAUAGGAUCUAGGGUACCUUUAAAGAUGAUUAAUUAUGCGGAAAGUGUAUAGAAAUAACAAAAACUGUUUAAAUAGUAAAUCUAAAAUAGAGUGUGACUGAAACUAUUGAAGAAGGUGAAUUUAAGAAUGGUAAAAAAACUGGAAUAUUUACUACAAAAAUUACUUGUAAUAAUAGCAAGAUAGAGUAUUUAAUGUUAUGAUUGAUAGGAAAACAAAGUACUUCGAAGAUGAUAUAUUGAUAUACGAAGAUGAAAAUUGA